AUGGUUAGCCCAACCCUCAAGCGAAACGCGGAUCAUCUAUCCACGCCAAAUUCAGACAAAAAGAAACCCAAAGGAGGAAGCAUCACUUCGUUCUUCGCUGCUCCAAAGCCUAAGCCUCAAGAUACCCAAGGAUCCGGACCCGCCGCACCUUCUCCAAAGCCGAGCUCUUUCAACAAAGAAAAAUGGGUGGCGUCACUUACACCGGAGCAGAGGGAAUUACUCCAACUAGAGAUUGAUACAUUGAAUGAAAGCUGGCUUGCCCAUCUGAAGGACGAUAUUACCACAACCGAGUUCCUGAAUCUGAAAAGAUUUCUUAAGAAAGAGAAGGACAACAAAGCCAAGGUCUUCCCUCCAGAGGAAGACAUCUAUUCCUGGUCUCACCUCACACCCUUGCACGAUGUCAAAGUGGUAAUUGUAGGCCAAGAUCCAUACCAUAAUGAUCACCAAGCUCACGGGUUGGCGUUCUCCGUCCGUCCUCCAACGCGAGCACCAGCAUCCUUGCUCAACAUUUACAAGGGUCUCAAGAAGAAUUACCCUGAUUUCAUAAAUCCACCGAACAAUGGCGGACUGCUUACACCUUGGGCUGAACGCGGUGUACUGAUGCUCAACACCUGCCUCACAGUACGUGCGCAUCAGGCUCACAGCCAUGGCAACAAGGGCUGGGAAACUUUUACUCAAAAAGUCAUUAACUUGGUUGCUCGCUUACGAACUCGUGGUGUCGUUUUCCUUGCCUGGGGAAAGCCUGCGGGUGUACGAGUAGCUAAGAUUGACCGACAAAAGCAUUGCGUGCUACAGUCAGUACAUCCGAGCCCCCUCAGUGCGCACGGCGGAUUUUUCGAGAAUGGUCAUUUCAAGAAAUGCAACGAUUGGCUCGCUUCGCGAUAUGGUGAUGACGAAAUCGUUGAUUGGCAUCUGGUACCCACGAAGGCCAAACCAACCUCUUCCUUGGACAAGGAGAAUUCAUCGGCCUUGGCCAAUGCCACAGAAGCAGCUGCAAAUGUUCCAGAAUCAAAGUGUCCUGAGGAGGCAGAUAAGAAGGCGAAGGCUUGUCCCGCCGACGAAUUUGACGAUGACGAUGCCCUGGAAGCCUUAGCAGCAAUGGAGGAGGAAAUUUCCACAAAAGCAGUUGGAGCUUGA